ACGAGGAGGCUCACCUUUGGAAGCUGGUUGCAGCUCUAGCCACAGGGUCCUGCCCUCUUCCCGCCCCUCCCCUCCCCUCAACUCCCUUCACCUAGGAGCUGCCAAACAUCUGGAUCACCCCGGGCACCUCGAGGGCUUGAAUUUCUACCAGUAACGCGCCUCCUUUUCUUUUUUUUCCUUCACAUUUCUUUUUAUUUUCCCCCCGACCUCCUGCUCGCUCACAUCCGUAAAACCUACUUGAUCCUACUACUACUACACUUUUUCAUAAAGAACAAGACGUGUUCUAGGAAGAUGGUGGCAGAAAAAGAAACCCUGACCUUAAACAAAUGCCCAGACAAGAUGCCGAAGAGGACCAAGCUGCUGGCACAACAGCCGCUCCCGGUGCACCAGCCUCACUCCCUGGUUUCUGAGGGCUUCACAGUCAAAGCCAUGAUGAAAAACUCAGUCGUGCGAGGCCCUCCAGCCGCUGGGGCGUUUAAAGAAAGGCCAACAAAGCCCACAGCAUUUCGAAAAUUUUAUGAGCGUGGAGACUUCCCAAUUGCCCUUGAGCAUGAUUCCAAAGGAAACAAAAUCGCCUGGAAGGUAGAAAUUGAGAAGCUGGAUUACCACCAUUACCUGCCUCUGUUUUUUGAUGGGCUCUGUGAAAUGACAUUUCCCUAUGAAUUUUUUGCUCGGCAAGGAAUCCACGACAUGCUGGAACACGGGGGGAACAAGAUUCUGCCUGUCAUUCCACAGCUCAUUAUCCCGAUAAAAAAUGCCUUGAACCUCAGAAACCGGCAGGUCAUCUGUGUCACGCUCAAAGUCCUUCAGCACCUGGUAGUAUCGGCGGACAUGGUGGGCGAGGCUUUGGUACCCUACUACCGUCAAAUCCUCCCCAUCCUGAACAUCUUUAAGAAUAUGAAUGUGAACUCGGGGGAUGGCAUCGACUAUAGCCAGCAGAAGAGGGAGAACAUCGGUGACCUCAUCCAGGAGACGCUGGAGGCCUUCGAGCGCUACGGAGGGGAGGACGCCUUCAUCAACAUCAAGUACAUGGUGCCCACCUACGAGUCCUGCUUGCUGAACUGACCGGGAGCCGCGAGGGAGCCGCCCCCGGCACCGCCGCCACCCGCCCCGCUGCUCAUCCCUUGUGACCUCCACAGCGCGCUUCCUCCAGCUGCGGAGAGAGCGGCUUCGGGGCCAUUGGACUGAUAUCCCUAUUGAGAGCAAGGCUUUCCAAUACAUAAAUAGUGCCUGUUUCUUAGAUGACAAUAGUGUACUGUGCUUAUUUGUUCUAGAGAAGAAUUGCUUCUUUCUCCAGCUCGGAUGGAGGCAGGAGUCUGAGUUAAACCUUCAGUUGUAUAGACAAUAAAACUAUAAUUUUC